AUGCGCUGUCGCGAGUCGGCGCGAUACGUCGCACCCGUGAGCGCGCCGAUCGAUCCCUUCGCGCGAUGCGACCACCCCCGCCCGUGCCUCCGGCGCGAGUGCUCGUGCCUCGCGCCUUCCACGUCGCCCCGAGCGCGCGCGUAUCGCGCGGGCACCGACGCGCUCCUGACCCGCUCCUGCGCACCGACCCUCGACCGACCCUCGCCUUUCCCCACCGCGGAGGAGUUACUCGACGAGGAGAUACAGGCGGAGGAGGAGGGCGGCUUAGGAAUGGAACCGGGACCCGCCCGCUUCAGGUACUGUACUCCUCGGCGGAACCCAGAAAAGGGACACCGGACCUUCCUCUCGGCCAGGGCCGUGGAGCUUCGCUGCGAGGCUGACUGCAUGGACGACGCGUCCGACGCGCUGAGGGAGGCGCACGCCAGGCGUCUUCGAAGGGUGCUGGAGAGCCUGGAGGACGCGAGCUGUCGUAAGAGGCGCGAGGCUGACGAGCUCGAGCGACGCGCCAUGGCCCUCCGAGAGGAGCUCAACGGCUGA